UUCAGUUUAUUUGUAUAGCCCAAUUUCACAAAUUACAAAUUUGUCUCGGAGUGCUUUACAAUCUGUACACAUAGACAACCCUGACCUUUGACCUCACAUCGGAUCAGGAACAACUCCCAAAUAACCCUUCAGGGGAAAAAAGGGAAGAAACCUUCAGGAGAGCAACAGAGGAGGAUCCCUCUCCAGGAUGGACAGAACAAUAGAUGUCAUGUGACUAUAUGAACAAUAGAUGUCAUGUGACUAUAUGAACAAUAGAUGUCAUGUGACCAGAAGGACAGAUUUAGAGUUAAAAUACAUUCAAUGAAUAUGACAGUGUAUGAAUAGUUCAUAGUAGAACAUAGUAGUUCCACUCUGAUACUCACGUUGUCACUUUUAGGUAAAGUAAUAAAGUGGGAGGUAAUAUUUUGGCAUCUAAAAACUACCAAACGGUGUGGUCCGAGAACAUUUGCGAGAGGUGUGGAGGCAGGGAAAUGAUGUGUUCAGGGGGCCCAGCUGGCACUUGAGGGCAGCAUGGAGUUGUAACGGGAGGUGCUGGGGCCUUUUGUGGCCACAUGGCUUAAAGGCAACCUCCCGUCACCUCGGAAACCAGGAGCGCCGGCCGCUCUUAUCCAAUCAUGUCAGGAAUGCUGGUCGUCACUCGGUUCAGGCUAUUUCUGCCGUCUGUCGCUAGAGCUCGGUAGUGCUCCGUCUGGCAUCCAGGGAUCCUUCUCGCCGCCCUCCCACACCUUUCUCCCUCGCCACCGUUAUGACAAUCCUCAGAGUGCGCCGGGUCGAGUUGUCCGCCGUUUUUGCACCGUUUAGUUUUUUGCGGCGUGACUCCUGUUCCCCGCGGAUGGAAAGUUGCGGAAGAGACUCCGAGAAGGGUGGGAGGGGUCGGGGUUAGGGAGAGUAGAAAAAAGGAAAAGAAAAAAGGGGAUCAGCCAUCCAGCCAAAGGAGAGAAGUGGGCGACACCAAGAGACCGAGACUGGAGCCAGAGGAGAGAGGCAACGGGAGCUGUGGGACGCGAGGUGGAAAUGGCUCAGCGUCUGCGUUUGUGCUUUGGCUCGGGCCGCAGCAACACGGCCCCGGAGGUCCUGGAAGGAGACUCCGAGGAGCCGCAGGGAGACGGCGACGUGGUCGCGGCGCUCGGCAUGCGGCGGCCUCCGGUAUCGACGUCCGCCCGGGGGCCCGCCGCCCCCCCACCGGGAGCUUCGUGGUCGGAGCCCUCUCUGAAGCGCAGCUCCUCUAUGUUCAUGCCGCAGCUCGCCACCUACGCGGAGCCGCGGCCCACCAAGAGCUCCUCCGUGCACAUCUCCCUCCAGCGCUCCAACGGGUCCAGCGCCCGAGAUUUCCGUGGUUACGCCGACGACGUCCCGCCGCCCUGCUAUACGCCGCCGGGACCCGCGCCCGCCUAUUCUGAGCGGAUCCCGCCGGACGUUCCGCGACACCCGCCGCCGCCGUACGAGUGCCCAGACGCUUUCAACUCGCAGUCUUUUACGACGGAGCCGAACCUGCCCAAACGCAGGGUCUUCAGCAUCGGCUCCAAUGGCCACACUACGUAUCGCAUAGGCCAACCGAAUAUCAGUGUCGGUGGUAUUUGCAUCCAGAGGAACUCUCCUGAUGGGUCGGAUGUCCAGCAUUUCAGGAUCCACCCCUAUGGCGCUACCGGCUGGUCCGUCUGGCAGCAGAGCUCGGACCCGUGCUCUGUGGUUAACGGCGGAACCCAGAGGCUCGUGUUUCAGCUCCAGCAAAGUCAGAACCAGGAUCCGAGCCAGGACGAAUGCCCAGAUGUCGGCGCCGCCGGCUCCAGAGGAAGCCGCGUGGCGCGCUACCCGAGAAUUCGACUGGAAAGACGCUCGUCUCAACCGAGGCUGGAAAAUCAACGCGAGGAAAGUGGCGCGGAUGGCCGAGCGACGGAGGAGAUCCAGACCGACGCGGAGAGAACGGAAGCGAGGAACCGAUCCAACGGGUGCACUUUCAAAAUCCGUGGGGAUUCUUCCCAGAGGCGGCCUCACUUCAAGAUCUAUUUUACCCCAGGCGGAGGGGGAGAUCCGGACGGUAGCUGUGGCAAGGAUUUGACGAAGAACAAUCCCAAGGCUGCUUCCAAGAAUGGCAUUUUCCAUCUCACACAGACGAGAGAUGAUUUCCUUGGACAGGUUGAUGUUCCGCUCAGUCAUUUGCCGACGGAGGACCCCGCGAUGGAGCGGCCGUACACAUUCAAAGACUUCCUGUUGCGGCCCAGAAGUCACAAGUCCAGGGUGAAGGGUUACCUGCGUCUGAAGAUGGCCUAUCUGCCCAAACAAGGAGGACCAGAGGAGGAGGCUGGAGAGAUGAGGGAGGAGGCUGAGGGAUGGGAUGAGUCUGUUGACUCGGGCUCCCAGCGACCCCAGCAGCUGCCUCCUCCGUUGCCCCCAGGCUGGGAAGAGAAGGUGGACAACCUCGGACGCACCUACUACGUCAACCACAACAAACGCAAUACGCAGUGGAAACGGCCUUCCAACACGGAUGUCAUGUCAGAGACAGAGAGUGACGAUCAACAGCGGCAGAUCAAUCAGGAAGCGCACCGUGUUUUCCGAUCGAGACGCCACAUCAGCGAAGACCUAGAGAACGAGCACCUGGAGCCGAGGGACAUCGACAACUCCUGGGAGCUCAUCACGGAAGAGGAUCCUAACGACAGCCUGGCCCAGUCUCAGCCCGGCGCCUCCUCCGUCUCGACAUCACAACUACCGGCAACACCCGCCAGCCAGGAGUUCUCCGAGGAUUUAGAUCUGAGGCUAUCGCUCACUCCCGAUACCAACGGCGAAGUGCCAGGGCCCAGCUCCGCUCUGAGCCAGCUAUCAAGCCGACUCCGAUCCUCCAGUAUGACGGACGGCGUCAGCGAUCCGACCCAAGCUCCUCCUCUUAUGCAGGGUUCCCAGACCAGAAGAACAAGAGCUCAAACAGUCUCGGGUGGUGAGGAGUCUAUGUCUCCCUCGGCGACAGCUUACGCCUUGACCACCCCUGGCCUGCCCCCUGGAUGGGAGGAGAGGAAGGACGGCAAGGGACGAACUUAUUACGUCAACCAUAACAGCCGCACCACUACGUGGACUAGGCCAAUUGUGCAGCUGACUGAAGACGGAGCCAGCACCUCGGCGGCAGAAUCAGGAGGAGCGUCGGCCCUGGAACCCCCAUCCACCCCCUCCUCUUCCAAUGCCUCCAACAACCACCUCCACGAGCCCCUGAUCCGACGAGCUCGUAGCCUCAGCUCCCCGACUGUCACCCUUUCCCUUUUGGAGGGAGCCAACAACGUCCAGGUGCGGAGGGCUGUGAAGGACACGUUGUCCAACCCGCAGUCCCCCCAGCCGUCCCCCUACAGCUCCCCCAAGACGACCCCCAAGGCGCAGCAGAGCUUCCUGCCCCCGGGCUGGGAGAUGAGGAUAGCCCCCAAUGGACGGCCUUUCUUCAUCGACCACAACAGCAAAGUCACCACCUGGGAGGAUCCCAGGUUGAAAUACCCGGUCCAUUUGAGGAAUAAGACCUCGAUUGAGCCCGGGGAACUCGGCCCUCUUCCUCCUGGAUGGGAAGAAAGAGUUCACUCGGACGGACGCACCUUCUACAUUGACCACAAUACAAAGAACACGCAGUGGGAGGAUCCUCGGCUGCAGAAUCCGGCCAUCACAGGACCUGCCGUUCCCUACUCCAGAGAGUUCAAGCAGAAAUACGACUACUUCAGGAAGAAGUUGAAGAAGCCGGCUGACAUCCCCAACCGCUUUGAGAUGAAGCUCCACAGGAACAACGUCUUCGAGGAGUCGUACCGUCGGAUCAUGUCCCUGAAGAGGCCGGAUGUCCUGAAGGCUCGGCUGUGGAUCGAGUUUGAGUCGGAGAAAGGACUGGACUACGGGGGCGUGGCCAGAGAGUGGUUCUUCCUCCUAUCGAAGGAGAUGUUCAACCCUUACUACGGCCUGUUUGAAUACUCUGCGACAGACAACUACACUCUCCAAAUCAAUCCCAACUCUGGCCUGUGCAACGAGGACCACCUCUCCUAUUUCAAGUUCAUCGGGCGCGUGGCGGGAAUGGCCGUGUUUCAUGGAAAACUUCUGGAUGGUUUUUUCAUCCGACCCUUCUACAAGAUGAUGCUGGGAAAACAGAUCUCCCUUAAAGACAUGGAGUCCGUGGACAGUGAGUACUACAACUCUCUGAAGUGGAUCCUGGAGAAUGAUCCCACUGAGCUGGACCUCAGGUUCUGUAUUGACGAGGACAACUUUGGACAGACGUACCAGGUGGACCUGAAGCCCAGCGGCUCAGACAUGGUGGUCACCAACGACAACAAAAAGGAAUACAUUGACCUGGUCAUCCAGUGGAGGUUCGUCAAUCGAGUCCAGAAGCAGAUGAACGCCUUCCUGGAGGGCUUCACUGAGCUCAUUCAAAUAGACCUGAUCAAGAUCUUUGAUGAAAAUGAACUGGAGCUGCUCAUGUGUGGUCUCGGGGACGUGGACGUCAACGACUGGAGGCAACACACGGUUUACAAGAACGGCUACUGUCCCAACCACCCUGUCAUCCAGUGGUUCUGGAAGGUCGUCUUGUUGAUGGAUGCUGAGAAGAGGAUCCGACUCCUCCAGUUUGUGACGGGAACGUCCCGAGUGCCCAUGAACGGCUUUGCCGAGCUUUAUGGUUCUAAUGGACCUCAGCUGUUCACCAUAGAGCAGUGGGGAACACCAGAAAAGCUGCCAAGAGCUCACACGUGUUUCAACCGCUUGGAUCUGCCCACUUACGAUUCAUUUGAGGACCUGAGAGAGAAACUCCUCAUGGCUGUGGAGAACGCGCAGGGCUUCGAGGGGGUCGACUAAGGCGCCGGCGUCCGACUGCAUCCGUCCCACCGGCCGACGAUAGAAAAACAAAAACAUGAGAAAAAGCCACGGGGGGGAUAUCGAAGCAGCUGCUGUCGCCGUUCUGUGCGAGCAUGUCGUACCGUAACGCCCGGCGGCCUGAGACUGCACAGCGGUUUGUCGAGCCGAUGCGCCUACGUCUUUAAAUCUUUUCAGAGGUUCGGUCAUUCCUUAAAGGUGCUGGGGAAAGAACGGGAGAGUCUCACUGUCGAAUGCUGAAACCUAUUAUCCACAGGCAUGAGCGGUGAAUGAGCCGGCCCCCGAUCUGCCAUUUCUUUCCUUUCUACCCUCAUCCUGUGAAAAUCUGCAGUGCUGGAAAACACUCAUGCAUUUCAAAUAGCUCCUUUAUGUCCACUUUAGCACAGUCUUCAAGCGCCCUUCAAAGGAGGGGACUUAGCAUGGCCUUAAUCUGGCUCUUCCAUGCACUCUUUCUCUAAGAAACUGCAACGGCACGAUGAUCGCAACUCUCUCGAAUCCUUAGACCAACACCAGAUUACCUUAGGAACGCUAGCCAAUCACAUUUCAGGAAAUCGGCCACGCCCCUCCGUCGAGUCUCGUCUCGAUGUCGUUUGAUCAGAAAUCGCCGCCGCAGCCUUUUUGUCGAACAAUGUUUUCAGUUUAUUAGCCGCUGGUUAGGAUUCAAGAAUGGGGGAUGAAAUAAUCCCCAACCGUGAUUAUCUUUUUAAAGCAUUUUUUUGUCAUGAAAGACAUUUGUUUAUUUGUUUUUUAAAUCAUUGGUAUAAUUCUUGCAGGAAAAUACUCGGCGUAUUUAUUCCGAUGAACAAUGUUGUUUACUAUUUCGACGACGCUGUGUGACGCGUGAAGUGUAACUCGGGCUCGUCUGGGAACGAAUUACUCCACAUCAUUUGUUCUGGCAAGCGUGUUGAAUAAAAUGUUUUAUAUCGUCGUGCUAUGAAAGCAGCAUGAAACCGUAUCUCGUGGUUGCUUUGACGACAUCGUAGCGAUUUGGGCGUAUCGUCGGUCUCGAAAAUCAAGGAUGGCGAACAAAAUCUUUGGGAUAUUUCUGAGACGUGUGCGUCACGAUCACAUUAAUAUCCUCAUGCCCGUUGCUGUUUAUAAUGCUGUACAUUGUUCUGGGAGGGGGGCACAUUUUAAGUUCUUUCAUUCUAUAUAAAUAUAUGUAUGAAUUUAACAAGUAUUACUGAUCAACAACACUAAAAUGAAGCUGCGCGGGUGUUGGAGAGUAAAGCUGUGAUUGCCACUGAAUAUAAAGCAGCACGUUUCUUACACAGAAAAACAAUGUUCUUUUCUUUUGUUGUUGUUUUUGUUUCACUCCUUUUUCUAACACCUUGAACCUAAAGGGCACUUUAUAGAUCACCGAGGUCACGUCGCCUGUCGUAUGUCUUUUGUCGGUAACCUGAAUGUGACUCUUUGUUUCCGUUCGGAGCACUCACCUGGUGCAAUAUGAAUAGUCUGUAAAUCUGGGCUGCUGCUAAGGUAGAUAAAGUUGACAGAAGUGAAGCAGAGGCUUCACACCCUUUUAGUUUUCUCUCCCCCCUCCCCUCCCUGCUGUGAUCCCCCACUCAAACUCACUCGGUAAAUAUUUGUCCUUUUUUUAAUGAAUGACAGGAAAUAUCACUUUUGUUAAAGAUUCCGCCACUCUGCAACUCUUUGUGGUUCAUUUAACUUCCGUCAAAUAAAAAUGAAACUAC